CCAGCGAAGAAUCGCCGCGCCUCGAGAACGCGCACAGCGACGCCAAUCCGCUAUCGCUAGAUUAGAGGAGGCACGCGCACUGGAGGCGCAGAGAGUUUUUCCGAACAAAAACUAUUGUGCGGCGUUUGUGUUCGUUUGGAGCGGGCUCGCUUUUAACCCAGGACCGGAGGAUGUGCGACCUGUGAAGACUGCUAUUUUACCAGAGAUACAAACAUUGUAUCAGCCUCUUGUCAGACUUUAUUUGAAGAGAAAGAGAAACAGCUAUAUGGUUAAGGAUCAGGUCCAUGAAACUGCGAGGAACAACAACCUCCUCAUGACUUGCCUGGAAAGAGCCAGAAGCCGGAUUUAUUCAAAUCAAGCUCGCUUUUUUUUACACUAUUGCACACAGUGGAUUAAUGCAUUUUAAUUAUUUAUUUUUAUUGUAAAAAUAUGAUUUACUGGAUUUCAGAGCAAAGAAUAGCUAGUAUUAAGAGUAAUAUUUUAUUUGUAUGUGCAUUAUUGCAUUGACAUACUGAUUGUUAAAUAUAUCAAGCUCUCCAAUUAUAACGUGCAAAGACAAACAUGUCAACACUCCGACUAUUUCCUGAUUAGACAAGAGUCUGACUAGUAUUAAAUUGCAAUGGGAAUGCAAUAGAAGUUGCAUCGAUUGAUUUACGCCUAUUUAGACAUUAGCGGAAAUAAAUAUCCCUUUGUCAACCGAAUAGAGGAAGAGACGUGUGGGAUUUGGCUAUGUCCUUCUUUAAUUUCCUAAAAAUCUUUAAAUUGGUCGCAGAGAAGAAGAAGAAGCAAUAUGAUCAUGUGCACAGGGACGCAAAUCCGGAGGAAAUCUGGGAGAUUGUGGGAGAACUGGGGGAUGGAGCCUUUGGAAAGGUGUUCAAGGCUCAAAACAAGCAGACCGGCAUUUUUGCUGCUGCAAAGGUGAUUGACACCAAAACUGAAGAUGAGCUGGAGGACUACAUGGUGGAGAUCGACAUCUUGGCAUCAUGUGACCAUCCCAAUAUUGUCAAGCUGCUUGACGCGUUUUACUACGAGAGCAAACUGUGGAUCCUGAUAGAGUUCUGUGCCGGCGGAGCUGUCGAUGCUGUCAUGCUCGAGCUGGAAAGGCCUCUGACGGAGCCGCAGAUCAGGGUGGUUUGUAAGCAGACUCUGGAUGCUCUGCAGUAUCUGCAUGACAACAAGGUGAUCCACAGAGACCUGAAGGCUGGAAACAUCCUGCUUACCCUCGACGGAGAAGUCAAACUGGCGGACUUUGGGGUGUCUGCCAAGAACACGAAGACCAUCCAGCGAAGAGACUCUUUCAUUGGAACACCUUACUGGAUGGCCCCAGAGGUCGUGAUGUGUGAGACGUCUAAGGACAGGCCGUAUGACUAUAAGGCUGAUAUUUGGUCUCUAGGAGUAACUCUGAUCGAGCUGGCCCAGAUCGAACCGCCCAACCAUGAGAUGAACCCAAUGAGAGUUCUGCUCAAGAUCGCCAAAGCUGAGCCGCCUACUCUCCAGAAGCCUUCAAAAUGGUCUCCUGAGUUUAAUGACUUCCUGAAACACGCGCUGGAAAAGAAUGUGGACAACAGGUGGAGCACAGCACAGCUUCUUCAGCACCCCUUUGUAAGAAGUGUGACUGACAGCCGACCCCUGCGGGAGCUCAUCGCAGAGGCCAAGGCGGAGGUCACAGAGGAGAUCGAGGAGCUGAAGGAGGAAGAGGAGGAAGAAGAUCAUGAAGGAAACCUGCUGCUUCCUGGACACAAACGUGCAUCAUCUGACGCUAGCGUUGGAAGCUCUGAAGACGAGAAGCUUCCUCAGUCGCCGUCCACAUUGGAAUCUGUUCCUGAGAAGAUCGAGGAGGUGGCUACACCCAGACCUCCAGACGAUCGUGUUAUAACUGGAAUAAAGACAGAACAAGUACCUCUGAAGGUAGAUGAGAAACACAUCGAGGAUGUUGCAGAACCUGGAUCCAAGGAACAACCUGUGGAAGUAUCUCCAAAGGAAUCUCAAGAACCUAAAGCUGGAGAGAUGCCUGUAGAACCACCUGUUGACGCAAUAGUCCAGUCGGAGGAGCAGAGAGGAAAACCUGAGGGAGAUCAACUGGAAGAGGAAAAGGAGGUGGUGGGCAAUGGUGAACUCCUUAAGGAAGUAUCUGCAUCAGACAUUUCUUCACUGGAGACACCAACAGAACCAGUUAAACAAGUUGUGCCUGAUGAACCUAUCCCAACAUCUCCACUGAAAGAAGAAGAGAGCGUUGAGGAAAAGGAGAAACCUGAACUGGAAGAGAAGCAAAGCCCAGUGAAACCCAGGUAUGUGAAGAAGCAAGACUCCGACUCUGGGAUCAGUUCUUCUGCCGACAACAGCAGCAUAGACCUGAACUUAUCCAUCUCCAGCUUCAUUAGCAAACCCAAGGAGCCAGGAACCGUCUCUCAGCAGGACAACAAGAUGCAGAAGAAAACUCUGAAAAAGACUCGCAAGUUCAUCGUGGAUGGUGUCGAAGUCAGUGUUACGACGUCCAAGAUCCUCACAGACAAUGACGCCAAGAGUGAGGAGAUGAGAUUCCUCCGGCGUCAGGAGCUGAGGGAGUUGAGACUUCUGCAGAAAGAAGAGCAGCGAGCCCAACAGCAGCUCAGCAACAAACUCCAGCAGCAGAAAGAGCAGAUCUGCAGACGCUUCGAACAGGAAGUCACGAGUAAGAAGCGUCACUAUGAUACGGAGGUGGAGAAUAUGGAGCGGCAGCAGAAACAGACCAUCGAGCGUCUGGAGCAGGAACACACCGAGCGUCUCAGAGACGAGGCCAAACGCAUCAAAGCUGAGCAGGACAAAGAGCUUUCAAAGUUUCAGAGCACGCUCAAGAACCGCAAGAAAGAGGAGCAAGAAUUUCUUCAGAAGCAGCAGCAGGAUCUUGACAGCGCUCUGAAGAAGAUCAUUCAACAGCACAAACAUGAGCUGGCCACUACUGAGAGAGACUGUCUCAACAACAAGCAGCAGCUCCUGAGAGCCAGAGAAGCUGCGAUGUGGGAGCUAGAAGAGCGUCACCUACAGGAAAAACACCAGCUACUCAAACAGCAGCUGAAAGACCAGUACUUCAUGCAAAGACACCAGCUACUCAAAAGACAUGAGAAGGAAAUGGAGCAGAUGCAGAGGUAUAACCAGCGUCUGAUAGAGGAGAUGAAGAACAAACAGACGCAGGAAAGAACCAGACUGCCUAAGAUCCAGCGCAGUGAUGCGAAGACCCGCAUGGCCAUGUUCAAAAAGAGUCUGCGCAUCACGACCACAGGGGUCACGCCGGAACUGGAACGUGAGAGAGUCAAACAGUUUGCAGCACAGGAAGAGCAGAGACAAAAUAACGAGCGUCUCCAUCAACAACAGAAACAUCGGAAUCAGAUGAGAGAUCUGCAGACGCAGUGUGACGCCAACGUCAGAGAACUACAGCAGCUGCAGAAUGAGAAGUGCCAUCUUUUGAUCGAGCUUGAGACUCAGAAGCUGAAGGAGCUGGAUGAGGAGCACAACGCAGAGCUCAAGGACUGGAGAGACAAACUCAAACCCCGCAAGAAGGCCCUUGAGGAAGAGUUCGUCCGUAAGCUAAAGGAACAGGAAAUGUUCUUCAAAAUGAGCGGGGAGUCUGCAUGCCUUAACCCCUCCACCCAGAGCCGGAUCUCAAAGUUCUACCCCGUCCCGAGCGUCCAGUCCACCGGGUUUUAACACACACGUUCACGCUAAACUGCAUUGUGACUGAACUUCUGCUGCCUUGUUCCCUCUGAUCAGUCAGUCAGAAGGAAGGAGGGACUUCAUUGAUCCAGAUAUCCACAGAGAAGUUUUUUGCUUUUUGUUUUUAUUUUGUUAUUUUAAAGGAGGAUUUUUAGUGUGGUUUCCCUAAACAUGUCUGCAAUAGUUUAAGAAAGAUGAUGUGAUUCUGUAUGCCACUUAAUUGAUAAUUUCUUUCCAUUUUUAAAACCUUUAUUUUGAUUUUUUCUACCUUGAUUUUUACCUUUAACCCCACCCUCCAGACCAAUCAGUGGUCUCAGUGUCUUAAUGAUGUGGUUUUCUGUGGUAUUUUUAUACCAAGGGAAUCAUUUAAAUCUCAAAAUCAAUCUGAAUCAGUUGUGGUGUUGUUGAUUAUGAUCGUUUUUUUUUUUUUUUUUUUUUUGUCUGAAUGGUAAUCAAAUGUUCUUAAAUUUGAUUUUAAAGUUUAAAGGCACAUUAUUUAGAGGUAAAUAAGGACAUUUCUUGGUUAUUUUCUGUAUGAAUUACAGGAUUUAAAUAUAUUUGACUCUGUUAUCUCACUUUUAUUGAGCUUUGUUUAUCAUUAAAUGGAUCUAUAGCAUUUAUAGUAGCAGCGAUAUUGCUUUCUUUGAGGUGUUUUUAGCAUAGCAUCCACACUGUAUGGAAAUAUCCUGACGUCACUGUGGUUUAAAGUGCAUUUGCGCUUGCACUGCUAUGCAAUGUGAACAUGUAGCCUAAGUAAAUCAUCUCAACCUACAAUUAUUUCUGUGAACUUUAAAGCAAGAGGAGCCCAAUCUCUUCAUAAUGUCCAUUCUCCAAAAAAUGGCAAAUGGUUUUAGUUUCAGACAUCUCUUCAAUGCAUUAGUGUACUUUUCUGUAAAAUUGUAUGGUGGAUGAUGUGUCCUAUGAACCGACACAACUUUAAUCAGUCAGGUAUUGUGUAUUGUAGCAACAUUUUUAUUUCCUUUCAUCCCAACUUUCAACAUUCAGUUCUAUAUGGGUUUACUGCAUUUACAUUUGUGCCGUAAUCUGUAAAAACUGAACAAAACAUUUAAAAUCUGUGGAAAAAAAGACAAGUGUCAAAACAAGAAAUUCUUGUCAUUUACAGUAAGAUGUCCAUCUUGUACAGCACAUUUGACUGAACAGAGAGUGCCAUGCACCUUCUGAUAAAGGAAUUCCUGCAGGUAGUCGAAUGUACAUCAUGAUGCCCGUUUGCUUUUUCAUAUAAUUUUUUUUGAUUGUUUUUUGUUUUUGUUUGCUUUUUAAGCAUUUCCACCGAUGAGGUAAAGUAAGCUACAUAACAGUUGUAUGUACUGUGUUUGUGUCAAAGUUCAAAUCAUUAUGAUUUUAGGAAGCUGCUGUGAUUAAAACAUUUGUUGUGAAUA